CUCUCAGCUGUCCGAGAAGAAAUCUCGUCCCCAAACAUCUCUUCAAGAAAUAACAAUGCGAAGAUGUUGUCCCAAUUACUUUUUGUCGCGACAUACGCCGCUGUCGUGUCCGCUCAAAUAGAGUUCCUCAACGGAACAAUCGUCUGCCCAGGCCCAGGAGACUUUUGCUCAGGCAACAUCAUCAUCCGUUGUGGAAGUGAUGGAAUCGGCCAACCAGGGAACUGCGAUGACAAUCUUGCUGGCGAGCCUCCUCUGGGUGUCGGCAACUCAAACUGCUGGGAAACGAGCCCUACGUCCGGUGAUGCGGCUUGCAGUAAGAAGUGAGUGUCUAGUUGCGAAAAGGUGCCACAACUGGCUGUUCUACUAAGCAGUCCAGCUGUACUGCAUAUCCCUUAGUUCCUGUACUACCGAAUC